CUCACUCUCUCUGUCUAAAAUGGGGAAGUCUCAUGCUCAGGCUCACAUAAUGAUGGUAGCAUUCCCCAUGCAAGGGCAUGUAAUACCUCUGUUAGAGCUGGCGCAGGUUCUAGCCACGCACGGUAUCAGAACCACGUUCGUGAACACCGACAUGGUCCACGAUCGUGUUGUUAACUCCUUAGCAGGGGAGAGUCUGGUCGGGUUCGUGUCGGUGCCCGAUGGCCUCGAGCCACACGAGAGAUACGUUCCAGGGAAGUUGACAGAGGCGGUCUACACGAUCCUACCCGGCAAAGUCCAAGCCUUGAUUCGAGAGAUCAAUGAUGGUGAGGACCGCCACAUCAAAGUCAGUUGUCUGGUUUAUGAUCAGUCCAUUGGCAGCCUUCACCAAGUUGCUCGAGACACCGGGAUUCGGUCAGUAGCCUUCUUGCCAGCCGCCGCGGCCUUGCUUGUGUUGGGGCUUCAUAUUCCUCAGCUGCUCCGUGAUGGGAUUAUUGAUGACCAAGUUGCAGGAAAUCCGCUUGAUAGCAGUCCACUUCAAUUGGCACCAACAAUGCCCAUCGUGAAUCCGACACACUUCGUCUGGCACACUGUCCGAAACACGACACUCCAGAAACUUAUUCUGGACGUGAUGAGACAGAACAACCAUUCAAUCAACUCUGCUGAUUGGGUGAUAUGCAACUCGGCUCGUGAUCUCGAGCCGGGUGCAUCCACCCUAGCCCCACAAAUCACUUUCGUGGGGCCACUUCUGGCAAGCAAUAGGCUAGCGGAUUCCGCUGGCCAGUUCUACCAACACGACAAAGAUUCCCUCGAAUGGCUCGAUCAACAGCCGCCCUCCUCGGUCAUAUACGUGUCAUUUGGGAGCUAUGCAAUACUCGGUCCAGCUCAAUUCCAAAAAUUAGCUCUCGGGCUAGAGCUCACCAACCGGCCUUUCCUGUGGGUUGUGAGGCCCGAUGCUAUGCCCGAGGUUGGGAAACCGGAGUUUCCCAAUGGCUUUUUGGAGAGAACCAAGAGCCAGGGGAGGAUUGUGGGUUGGGCGAACCAACAAAAGGUGCUGAGCCACCCUUCGGUUGCUUGUUUUGUGAGUCACUGUGGUUGGAACUCGACUUUGGAGAGUGUGAGUAAUGGGGUCCCUAUGCUAUGUUGGCCUUGUUAUGCGGAUCAAUUCAUUAACCAGAGUUACAUUUGUGAUAUUUGGAGAGUUGGGCUACAAUUGGGGCGUGAUAACGGUGUUAUUUUCCCGUUCGAUGAGAUUAAGGAAAAGAUCGAUCGAGUGGUCGGUGACGAGGAGUUGAAGGGAAGGGCAUUGCAGCUCAAGGAAGUGAUGGGGCAUGGUGCAAGAGAAGGUGGAACUUCUUACCAAAAUCUCAAGAACUUUAUAACUUGGCUACAUGAAUGAAUACCAGGUAUGAUUUAUGUCAUGUAACCAUGGGUUGUAUUUUAAUUUAAAUAUGAUAUAAUAUGAUAUGAUAUGAUAUGAUAUGCCCUCUCAAUAAUACUUUGAUAAAUAAAUAUUCAAAAUUUUCAUA